AUCACAUUUCAUGUAGAUACGGAAGUAGUUAAAAAAUGGGCCGAGGAGACGGAUCAGGCUGGGGAUCAGGCUGGGGCUGUGGUGGCUAUAAAGGCAAGACAGAAAGAGUCUUCUUCCCAGCAAUGCCAAUCCCUUUGGCUAUCUUGUGUUGUGUGUUUAACUUCCUUAUACCUGGCUUAGGUUCAGCAAUUGCCGGCGUUAGCGUGUUUUGUUGUGCUCGAAAUGAAGAUAUGGACAAGUCAGCUAAGGCUUUAAGUUGUGUUUCUAGCUGUGGUGUAGGGUUUCUGCAGUUGGUGACAACUGUUUUGUUGUUUGUUGGCUGGUUUUGGAGCUGUUUCUGGGGCGUCACAUAUCUGAUGAUGAGCAUUGAAUAUUACCAUAACAACAAAAUAGAUGACUACGACAGAGGGACUGCGAUAACGAGCACCGUGCCGGGGACGCAAACAGUGUACGAGAAUGGUUCCAGUACCCCGUCCGCCAUUAUUAUUCAACCUGCACACCUACCGUUCCGGAUGGGACAGACUGGUACCCAGCCUGUGGCAUGUGUAACAAAACAGCAACCAAGUCAAUUACCUCCACCAUACCCUGGAGUCGAGGAUAUUGGAACGGCACCACCACCACCAUACGGUGAAGUAGUGUAUCAAUCUGGUUCAGCCUACCCAAAUCCCCCUCCUGUGCUGAAUGCCAAUGGCAGUGAACACAAAGUAGGGAUUUAAAAAAUGAGGAGAAAAACUGUAAGCAACUGUGAUAUUUGCAUUUACUUCUUGAUAUCAUGAACUCAAAUCAAGCAUUAUUUGUUCAUGCUGUCAGUGUAAAAAGUAUUGACUGUUAUAUUUGUUAUGCUAUUUUAUAACACAAAGAAAUAAUUAUAUAAGAAAUCACAUUCUGUUGGUUUUAUAUCCAGUAGUGCAAUUAUAAUUUACUGCAAAAUGCCUUAUUGAAACAUGAACGGCAUAAAAACUAUAAUACUGAUUAAACUGCCAUAUUUAAGUCGAUCGGAUAAUCACCAAGGAAUUCUGAAUGACGACCGUAAAGGAAUUUUAAGUAAAUAUCUACAAACAUGCGCCAAAUAUCACGUUUUGUAAUCAUAGCUUGUCAUUUUAAAGCACCAUAACCUACAACACGCUACUGUGCGACAAUCGUGCUUUAAAUGAAUGGUUAAAUGAGGAUGUUUCUUUAAACAAUACUUGCGAUUUAUUAAAGCAGAGACUUUAAAUAUUACAUUAAAUCUAGGUCGGUGUUAAAGUUAUGCUAAGCGUUUGGUUGAACUCAAUAUGUUGAGCAUUUUUAACCAUAAUAUCACUCCGAUUACCUCAGUUAAUUCAACUUAUUAUUGUGUAAAAAGUGUUUUAACGACCGAAAUGUUUGUGCAUGCAUUUAUCAUUGAUCAAUAAUCCAUACGUUUAUUUUUGGAAAAAGAUACUUGAGUAUGUACUAUGUUGUACUUUUAAUGCAUUUAUAUUUGCAUUAAUAUUAUUAUUCAAACAACUUCUCAUUCAUUAAAAUGUAGAUUUAAGCGUUCUCUUUUUUCCUCUUAGAUAUUAAAAUUUUAAAAAGCACGAACAUUUUUUUGUACGAUCUAUCAAAUAUCUAUAUUUACAUGUAUUUUAAAAUAUGUAUUAUUUACAUUGUAAAAUUUUGCUGGGCAGAGUUUAUUGUAUUUUUAUUUUUCUACCGUUAAUUGCACAUGUACACUGUAUUUACUUUAUAUUAUAUCAUUUUCACUUUAAAAUAAAGUGUUGCCGUGAUGGCAUUUAUUCUUUUUAAUUUUUUAAAGUAUUUUAUUGACUGUGAUGCACAUAUUUUCUGUAAUUUGCGAUUAUUUUC